AUGACAGAGCUAGAACAAUCAUAUGUCCUGGACUAUGAUUACAAUUCAGCCAACGACUCCUAUUACUUCAACAUCACCUCCUUUGACCUGGACUUUAACACAUUCUCCUGUGCUGCUCAGCCCCUUUCUCCCGGUGCCGUCAUAUUCCUGUGUGUCCUUCACAUCGCCAUCUUCCUAUUGGCUGUUCCUGGUAACCUACUUGUGGGGCUCGUGAUUGGCUUCAGUCAACAGUCCCUGACCCCAUCCGACGUCUUCCUGUUUCACCUGACUGUAGCCGACGGGCUGCUGGCUCUGACCCUGCCCUUCUGGGCUGCUGCCACGCUCCACGGAUGGAUCUUUGGUGACUUCCUGUGUAAGUUCCUCAGCCUGGUUAUGGAGGCUAGCUUCUACACCAGCAUCCUGUUCCUGGUGUGUAUCAGUGUCGACCGCUACCUGGUGAUCGUCCGCCCAGCCAAGGCCCGUCAGGGGCGCCGAAGGGCCUGCAGAUGGUACGCCUGCACCUUCAUCUGGGCUCUGGGGGGCGCCCUCUCUCUCCCUGCCCUCUUCAACGACGCCUUCACGCCCCAGAGCGGUGGUCCGACGAGGUGUGCUGAGCACUUCGACCUCAGCAGCGCCACCCACUGGCGGCUCGCUACUCGCGGCCUACGCCACAUCCUAGGGUUCCUGCUCCCACUAGUCAUCAUGGUGGCAUGCUACAGCAUCACCGUGGCCCGGUUGCUGCAGACGAGCGGCUUCCAGAAGCACAGGGCCAUGCGGGUCAUCAUUGCCGUGGUGUUCACCUUCCUCCUGUGCUGGACGCCGUUACACAUGACGGUGAUGGCCGACACCCUGAUGAGGGCCAAGCUGGUGCACUUCGACUGUGCUGUGAGGAACAGGGUGGACCUGGCCCUCCAGGUCACCCACAGCCUGGCCCUGGUCCACAGCUUUGUUAACCCAGUGCUGUAUGCCUUCGUGGGGGAGAAGUUCAGGGGGAACCUGGGUGCCCUGGUCAGGAAGUCACGGGGACCAGAGAGGGGGUCGUCGUCUCGAUUUAGCAGGUCCACAUCCCAGACCUCAGAAGGGAAUGGACUGUUAUGAUUGAUCUGACAGGUUGUCUCCACAUUACUUUCAAUCAGGGUUGGGGUCAAUUCCAUUUCAAUUCAGGAAGCACCCUAAAUUUCCAAUUCCAAUGCUUUUCAAUGAGGACAUUUUUAAAAUUCAAAUUGGAGUUUGGUUCACUUUCUGAACUGACUGGAAUUGAAAUGGAAUGAACUCCAACCCUGUUUUCAAUAACGUAAUUUGUAAGUCGCUCUGGAUAAGAGCGUCUGCUAAAUGACUUAAAUGUAAAUGUAAAUGUAUAAGAUUGUCCCUUUGUAACAUAUUGUCGUCUAACAUUCCUUGCCUGACAUUGAAUAUGUGCUGGCACUAUCAGGCUGCAGACUCAGAUCCUGUAUGUAUGUGUUCUUUAAUGUCCCUCCAUAAACUAAUGCCCCUGGUGUCUGUACAUGUAUAUAAUGCCCCUGGUGUCUGUACAUGUAUAUAAUGCCCCU